ACACCGACUCCUCCCACAUUUUCUCUCCGCUUUGCAAGUGACCUCCGCAUAUCUUCGGCCAUGACUCAAACCAAGUGGCGAAGGGAGGUCAACGACAAAACACUUUAACUGCUAUUGGUAGGCACUCUAUGAGUAGCGAUGAAGGCUGUUAUUCUCGCUGCUGGCUAUGGAACCCGGCUCCAGAUGGACGUGGCGGCCGAUACGAGCGAGCGCUACGCUCACCUGGUCGGUGUCGCAAAACCGCUACUUCCGGUUGGGAGCUGUGCCUUGGUUACCCAUUGGGUCCGUGCCCUGAGUGCCUCGAACUGCGUGGACAGUAUCUUUGUCGUUACUAACGCUCUGUAUCUGGCUGCAUUUGAACAAUGGGCUGCACAGUUUUCAAAUGUCAAGGUUGUCAGCGAUGAGACAAGAAGCAACGAUGAACGUCUCGGUGCUGUGGCCUGCCUGCAGCUUGCAGUAAUGCAUUUCAACAUAGACGACCAUGUUGUCGUCAUUGGAGGUGACACCCUCUUCAAAGAGGAUUUCAGCCUUAGGAAAAUUAACACAAGGUUUUCUGAGCUCCAGGCUCAGUGUGAGGACAACUCCAUGAUGCUCUACUAUCAGUGCAAAGAUGAUGAAACUCAAAAAUACGGAAUAGUGGAGGUUGACAAUGACCUUCGAGCGACAUGUAUGAAGGAAAAACCUCUGCCCUCCGAGACAAAGUCAAGAAGAGCAUGUCCAUGUUUCUACAUGUUAUCAAAUAAAAUCCUACCUUUGUUGGACACCUUCCUUGAUGAAAAAAGGAAUGCUUCUGUUGAGGAAAAAGAUGCUCCUGGAAACUUUAUAUCUUGGCUCAUUCCAAGAAAGCCAGUAUAUAUGUAUCAUAUCUCUGGCCGUUUCGACGUUGGAAACCUGCAGUCUUAUACACAGUGUGACCUUUAUUUCAAAGAACAUUUCCAUAACACUAAAACAUACAUGAUGUAGAUGUUUCCCAGCCUUUACUAGGCUAAGGUACGCGUUUUAGAUUAGACAAAUCUCACGGUACACUACCAACCAAAAAUGUUGAAUGAAUGGGAUAUAUCUAGUAGAAGAGCAUUUAACUGUA